AUGCCGCCAAAAAAAAGUAAAUCUGUUGCUGUUGUUGAUAAUGAAAAUUCUUCAUCACCAACCAAGAGAGUUUCCUGUGCAAAGAGUUUUCUUUUUUCUCAUGAUGAGAGAGGACACAUCUGGAGGAAUUUAAUCAAUUGGUACGAUAAUAAUAAGAAGGAUUUACCUUGGAGAAAAACAAUUAAAAGUGCCGAUGAUGAAGAUGAUGAUGUAAAGGCUACGGAAGAACUUCAUCAGAGAGCCUAUGAAGUGCUGGUGAGUGAGAUUAUGUUGCAGCAAACUCAGGUAGAAACAGUCAAGACUUACUUUCUCAAGUGGAUGAAAAGAUUUCCGACAGUUAAGGAUUUGGCUGAUGCUACUGUUGAUGAUGCUGUUGGAAUUUGGAGUGGUCUUGGAUAUUACAGAAGAGCCAGAUAUUUGUACAAUGCUGCAAAGUAUAUAGUGGAAAAGAUUAACAAACCAAUUAAAAACGAGGAAAUAAUAUCCGAUGAUGAAGAUGAUGAUGAGGAAAAGAAACGAAUCAUUUACAAAUUACCAGACAAUGUGAAGGAUUUAAUGCAAUUACCAGGUGUUGGAAGGUAUACUGCUGGAGCUAUCGCUUCCAUUGCAUUUUCAAGGACUGCCUCUGUGGUGGAUGGUAAUGUUUUUCGUGUAUUUGCCAGAUUAAAGAGGAUUGAGGAAGAUAUUGCAGUUAACAAGACAGCCAAUACUGUAUUUUGGCCAAUGGCAGACAAUUUAAUUCAACACUAUAGAGAUAUUGAAGAUACAGUGCUGGAGAAGGAAGAUUUGGAACUCAAACAUAGAUACAAUGUGACUGGAGAUUUUAAUCAGGCUGUUAUGGAGCUGGGAAGAACAGUAUGCAUUCCAAGAAAUCCUAAAUGUACAGAAUGUCCUCUUGCUGAGGUUUGUGAGGCAAAUAAGGCAUUGGAAAAGGAGGAAAUUGCCACUGUUGAAAUUUAUCCAGUGAAAAACAAAAAGACCAAAAAGAGAACUCAAGUUGUUUCAUGUUGCAUUUUCUAUAAGGAGGGAGAUGUUGAUAGUUGCCUCUUUGAAAAACGACCAAAGGAGACUCUAUUGGGUGGAACGUGGCAUUUUCCAUUUGUUAUCAUUCAAGAUACCAAAGCAGAGGAAGAAGAAAAUGAAGAAGAUAGUGAGGAUGAAGAGGGAUCUAAAAAGAAGAAACCAAAAAAGCAAGCCAAAAAGACUAAGGCAACAACAAAAGCAGCAGCCUCCUCAUCUGAAUCAGAACAUUUUAUCAAACUGAAAGAAUUUCUUGUGAAGGAGGGAUUUGUUCAAGACAAGUCGAUACCUUUCGAAUAUCAUGCCAGUGUGGAUCAUGUAUUUACUCAUAUCAAUCAGACAAAUCAUAUUUACAGUUGCAGUGACAAGUAUCUGAUAAAGGAUUUGGAAGAUUCAAACAGUGAAGAAGAUCAAUGGAAGUGGUUUGCAAACUCACAAAGAAAGAGCCAAGGUAUUUCAACUGUUGCCUCAAAGAUUUUCAAACAAUUCAAAAAGACUUUCAAGAAUCAAGAUGCUUCACCAAUCACUCCUCCAAAGGUCAGAUUCAAGACUAAAUCUCCAUUCAAAUCAACAAGUGCAGAGACAAAGGAAGAAAAUUCAGAAUCAUCUAGUUCUGAUGAAGAAGUAAUGAAGGAUGAUGAAGUUGUGAGGAUAAGUAAACAGGAAGUAAAAGAGAAAGUCAAAGAUGAAAUUAAGCAAGUCAAGAUGGAAACUAGACUGUCCAAAAGAGUUGCUAAAAGAACAAGUGAAGAAUCAGCCAAUCAAUCUGCCAAUGAAACACCAUCUAAGAAGAAGAAACAAACCAGCAUUUCUUCAUUUUUCAAGAAAUAG